GCCCCAAGAUGACCAUCACUUAGAUUCCCAUGGGGGUCCAGGUCCAUCCAUCCCCACCCGCCAUGGCUCAAGUCCCACCGACCGCGCCAGCACCGCGCCGCGGCCAUGCGGAUGGAACGCCCUGCGUCGGUGCCCUUUCCACCGGUUCGACAGAAGCAAUCCUUCCGCGUCGCGGCCAAAGAGUUCGCGAAAGGCCCAGUGGUGAUCCACCUGACCGCCUCGGGCGAUUUAGAACGCCUGGGCAAGAGCUUUGCGACAUCGUCAAGACCGAACUCUAACGUGGAACUCAUAGAGGAACCACGAGCGCUUCAAUGGGCCGCGGCCACCAGAGGAGGUGUUGGUUCCGUUCUGGGAAAAGAGCGAAGAAGAAAGAGCUGCACUGCGGUGUAACACUGCGUCGGCUCGGGCAGAGACAUCCCAGAUGUUCCGAACCAUCAGCUCUUCUCGUCCAAGUCGGGAGCAACGUCGAGCCCGUUUGGCCAUGACAUGCGCAACGCCGUUGCACGGAGUGAGUGCGUCUCGGAACUUUCUGUUCCAAGAGUACCUCCAGUCCAAGGGAACGUUGACGUCCAGCCGUCCUCAAACGACGGGGCUGUCCAAAAGCCGCAGCGCUGCGGAGAUUUUGUCGGAGCCGGGGAUGUCCAUGGUGACAGGCAUGAUUCCAGAUCGGGCCGGCUUCAUCUUACCGUCAUGGGAAGAUCGAAAGCAACAAACGCGCAUGGUGUGGUCGGGCAUGGAACGUGAGCGCUGGGACCAACUGGAUUCCUCGAUGCGGCUCACGCAAAGCACGGCGUCACUGAGGAGCCCGUAGCAGCUGCAAAGAGAGAACCAAC